UCUGUCAUUGUCAUUAUGCGUCAUCGUUUCGCUGCUGCUAUCACGGUCAUCAUCAUUACCUUCCCCCUCCAGUCCUUCUCUCUCUUUCCAAUAUUAUUAUGCCUCAUCACCAUUAGCGUUCAAUCCCCUUCCCCCUCACCCGUCCUCUCCUUUUCUGGUGGUCGUUAUCUUUAUUACCGGCUAUGAUCAUUAAGGCCCCAACAUCGUCGUAGACGAAAAUCAUCAUCAUCAUCAUUAUCUAGCAUCAUCGUCAUCGUCAAGAUCAUCAUCAUCAUCAUUCCGGGCGCGCAUUUGGCUCAGUCAUCAUCAUUAUAAUGUCAUUACUGAGCGCGAGUCCUGGUUGGUCCGAGUUAUCUUCUUCCUCCGAGUCUCGUAGGUUCGAGAUUGUCGUCAUCUAGUGAGUGAGUGAGAGGAGAAAGUAUUUCGAGAGUGAGCCGACUCUGCAGCAGCAGAAGUUUUCACCAUUCUUGUGGAAGUCGUGAACGCGUGAGCAUCGCGAAAGCAACGCGCUGCUCUGUUGGUGUUUUUCUUAUCAGCUUUCUGCAGUUUUAUCGUAACGGGGUUUCUUAUCAGUUUUGCAUCUUUUAUCAGUUGAAUUUGGUGUUCUCUCCUGGUUUUCAUUUGACAGGUAAUGUGAUGGCAGAUGAACAGCUAUUCUGUUUGAGAUGGAACAACUUUCCGAACAACUUUGCAUCACAGUUCGACUCUCUGCGAAGCAAUGAGGAUUUCGUCGACGUGACUCUCACAUGUGAAGGCAGGCGGAUAACAGCGCACAAGCUUGUGUUGUCAGCAUGCAGUCCCUACUUCAAGCAACUCUUCAAGGGCAAUCCUUGCAAACACCCGAUAAUGUUUCUGCACAACGUGGAAUUCCAACACCUGAAGGCUCUAGUCGACUUCAUGUACCUGGGCGAAGUGAACGUUGCUCAGACCAAUCUUCCGUCUUUCCUUCAUACGGCCGAAACUCUUCAAAUUCGCGGCUUAGCUGACAGUCAGUCCAAGUUUGCAGAUAUAAAUAGGAAUUCGACGUGUGGCAUAAAUGCUGUGAAGGUGCGCUGUGGCGGGGAGGGUGGAGGUGCUGGUGGUGGGGGUGGCAGCCAUAUUGGUCCAUCAACAACCGAGGAGGCCGAAGACAUCAUAACCAAUGCUCUAACCAAUUCCCAUAAAAGACUGAAACCAAAUGGAUCAAGGUCAUCGCUCGAUUCAAUUGCACCCAAUCUACAUCCAAAACUAGAAAAGGGAGAGUUUUCAGCUGCAGAUCUUCUGGAAUCAGCGACUGCAGCCUCAGCAGCUGUCAAUCCUUUCUUGGCACUCGAGUCAGCUGUCGAAAAUGUCCAUAGCAGUGGAUUAACGUUACAAGGUGCUUUAGAUGCUGCAACGACAGGAGGUCCGCACCCUGCUGCAGUGUCACAAACCCAUCACAGCGAUCAAUCAGUCCAGGAACAAUCCUCAUCCAGUGAUGGCGAGAUGGCGAAACCUCACUCACUGGACCCAAGGCCGUGUCCCGAAUGUGGCCGCAUCUACAGCAACAUCUCCAACCUGAGGCAACACAUCCGCCUCAUCCACUACCCAGAGUGUAUCGCCUGUCCGCUCUGCUUCAAACCGUUCAAAAACAAACUCUACCUGAAACGCCACCUCAUCAGUUACCACGAACUUCUACCUCCCAGCUACAUGGAGAAACGCUACCAAUACAACUCGGGAGGGGGUCCUGGGGCAGUGGGGGGUCCUGGUAACAGUAAUCAUAGCAACACUCCUAUGAUGUUCCCCAACUACAAUUACCUCAAUAGACACAGUAACGCUGAUCAGCAACCUCUACCUCCUACGAACAAUAACCAUGCCAACUUCUCCAAUAGCAAUCACAUGCCAGUGCAAGCUGUUCUCAGCUCUCCGCCUCCGAAUAAUAGCAACUACUACCAACAGCAUUCCACGCCACGGCCUCCUGAGUACAGUCCUCGCAUCAGUGAUAAUGCCAGUGACGCCUCACAAGAACAAUCCACCUCUUUGAAAAGGAGCUAUCCUAAUUCUCAACAAGCUCCGGUUGAAACGCCUCAAGAAAGCAAUAAUACUACUAAAGAAUGCUAGUUUUUAGUGUAGGCCUAAUGUAACAGUAUUAUUUUACUUAUCAUGAAAUGAGUGCUCAUUUUGCCAACAAUUGAUUUAUCUCUAUCACUGAACAAAUAAACAUACAUCACAAAUAAUCAUCCUCUCGCGGUUUCCCACUGCAAUACCGUGUGAAGUUGUUAAUUUCUUAUGUGAGAAUAAUAUUUAUCUAUUUUUAUCGCGUCUAUAAAUCGAAUUUCUUAUAAUCGAAGUGAUGAAGAUCUUAUACUCAUUUUUUUAUAAAUUAUUUUUCCCUACUGAACCAUCUAACUUAGUGUAACCUGCCACAUCAUCUCACUUAUUCAUUAUCGAAAAAUACCUCAACAAACUGCUAGCCUAACAAAAUUAGACGGAACCCUGAUCUAGUUAUUGAUCUCUUGUUUCUUGUGGUAUAUUUUUGGCAACUGCUGUGUUUUAUAGGUAAUUUCACAAAACAAGCGGCGCUUAGCGCUGC